AUGACUUCAACCAUCAAAUCUGUUGGCUACAUCGGCCUAGGGCUCGCCGGCGGGCCACUGGCUCAGAAUGUUGCUCAGAAGGGCUUCAAGACGAUUGUUCGUGAUGCUGACAAGGAGAAGCAACGGAAGUUUGUUGUUGAAAACAAGGAACUUCCGGUUGAAGAGGCUGCCGCUGGGCCGGACGCAUUCAAGGACGUUGAUGUGUUGAUUACCAUGGUGCCAAACGGCCACAUCGUCAGAGACAUCCUCCUCGGAGAGCAAGGCAUUGCUCCAUACAUGAAGCCUGGCUGUAUCAUCGUUGACACAUCUUCCUCGGACCCUUUCGGCACCCAACAACUAGGCAAAGACCUCGAGAAGUACCAGCUGCGCCUAGUAGACUCUCCCGUCACCCAAGUCAGAAUGCACGGGAUCAACGAUGGCGAGGCUACCUUCAUGAUUGGCGGGGCUCAGGAAGACAUUGACUUCGCAAUGCCCGUCUUGAAGACCAUGUCUCGAUGGCGUUUUGUUAUGGGUCCUUUGGGUAGCGGCCAUGUCAUGAAAACUUUCAACAACUACGUCACCGCUGCCGGUAUCGCAGCUCUUAACGACGCUUUUAUCGUCGGUCGCAAGAUGGGUUUGGAUCCUGCACAGAUCACGGACGUUCUCAAUGUUGGCACCGGCCGCAACUACGGCACAGCUCACUCCAUCAGGGCCGAGGGCCUAACAAGAACAUAUGCCAGCGGAUAUGGGCUGGCUCUACUUGUAAAGGACUUGGGCAUCAAUCUUGAACUGUGUGGGAAAAUGGGUAUUGACACGCAGCUCGCGAAAAACAUGCAUGGGCUUUUCAAGGAGGCUCUAGAGGAGCCCAAUGUGGAGCGUACUGCGGAUUACACUGAGUGUUUGAAGCUAUGGGAGAGGAAGGCCGGUUUUGAAUUGCCUACCGCGGUCGGGCUGAAGGAGUGUGACGAGCCUCGCGAUUUCGAGACGCCUUGA